AUGUCGAGCAGAAAAGAGGAAUUUCGGAAAGGAACUCGACCUAAGCAGGAGGACGGUGACGGCCACCGACGGAAAGCGUUCCGGAGGCCGACGGAGGGCGACUCGGGUGACGAUUAUUCCUCUGACGAGGACGCGGUGCCGAAGGGAAAGCGUGCGAAGGAAGCUGUCGCAUCGCGCGGUCGAGGCGCGGAUGCUGGUGGAAGGGCGAAGGUGGCGAAAGGUUAUGCGAGCGAAAAGCGAGGGAAGGGUGCUGCUGACGUGUCAGUCAAGGGUCGGCCGAAGGUUCAGUAUUCGUCGGAUGAAUAUUCGGCGGAUGAGGAUGACGACGAGGAAGCGGAUUUCUUGCAUAGGAAGAAGCGCGAGGGGAUGCACAGGCGAGUCAAUGGCGAUGGGAAGGCGAAAGAAGGGGGAAGUUUGAAGUGCGAGGAGGGAAAAUUGGGUGUCUCGGGAAGUAAAGAGUCUGGGAAAGUGAGCUUUAAGAAGGGAAAAGGGUCUCGUGACGGUGAUGAGGACGGGGAAAGGGAGGAAAAGGGCGGCAAGGGCAAACGGUCGUUUCGGCCUGGUAGGAGGGACGAGGAGAGCGAGGAGUGGGAGGAGGAGGAGGAGGAUGGCCCGGAAUUGAUUGGGCGGGAGGGGCGCGAAGGGCGCGAGGGGCGCGAAAUGGGGCGGGAGAAGGAGAGAAGCAAAGGGAGGGAGAGGAGCGAGAGGGAAAGGAUUGAGAGGGAGAGAGCGGAGGAACGAGAGAGGGAAGAGCGAGCGAGGGAGAAGGUGCGGCGGGAGAGGGAGAGGGAGAAGGAAAGGGAGAGAGAGAGGGAGAAGGAAAGGGAGAGGGAGAGGGAAAGGGAGAGGGAACGGGAGAGGGAGAGGGAAAGGGAGAGAGAACGGGAGAGGGAGAGGGAAAGGGAGAGAGAAAGAGAGAGGGAGAGGGAGAGAAGGGAAAAGGAAAAAGAGAGAGAAAGACGGGAAAGAGAAAAGGAGAGGGAGAGGGAAAAGGAGCGGGAAAGGGAAAAGGAGAGGGAGAGGGAAAAGGAGAGGGAAAGGGAAAAGGAGAGGGAGAGGGAAAGGGAUCGCGAGUCGAGAAGGCGAAGGAGGGAGGCGGACGAUGAAGCGGAUGAUGGGGGAAGGAAGGCGCAGGGGGAGGAGGGGCGGCGGAAACGCACCAAGGAGGAUGAGAGUGGGCGGGGCGAGAGAGGCGCAGAGGGGAAGGGGGAGAAGGGGAAGGGGAAAGAGGAGGGGAAGGUGCUCCCAGAAGUCGCCAAGCUAGACGCCAAGGAUGCCGCCCGGCCCGCCGCCCCGGCAGGAAGUGCGGAGGCAACAGCGGGCAGCAGCAGCUCGUCCCAUGCUGCAAAUGGUGGCGAUGUGGUGAUGGGUGCGGGGGCUGGUGGAGCGGCGGACAAGGGUGGCGGCAAGGGGAAGAAAGUGCAGGAGAAGGAGAAGGGGAAGGAGAAAGGGAGAGAAGAGGGGAAGAGGAAGGGCAAGGGUCCCAAGGGGCGCAUUUUGUUUGGUGUGGACUCGGAAUCGGAAGACGAGGGGGGAGGCGAGUCAGGCGAGGAGGAGGAGGGCGAGGAGGGCGAGGGCAAGAAGGGAGAGGAGGAGGACGAGGAGUUUGUGAAGCGAGUGACAGCCGUGGCUCAGACCAAGGCAGAGAAGCUCGCCCCCGUGGACCACUCGCAGGUGCAUUACGAGCCAUUCAGGAAGAACUUCUACAAGGAGGUGAAGGAGGUGGCAAAAAUGACAGUCGACGAAGUCGCCUUGUACCGGCGCGAGCACGAGUUCAAGCUGCGCGGCAAGGACGUGCCCAAGCCGGUGCACACGUGGGUGCAGAGCGGUUUGAGUAAUAAAGUGCUGGACGUGCUGAAGAAGAUGGGGUUUGAGAAGCCCAUGCCCAUUCAGGCGCAGGCGCUGCCGAUUGUGAUGAGCGGGAGGGAUUGCAUUGGGAUUGCGAAAACGGGGUCUGGGAAGACUCUGGCGUUUGUGCUGCCCAUGUUAAGGCACAUCAUGGACCAGCCCCCACUGCAAUCCGGAGACGGUCCCAUAGGCCUGAUUCUAGCCCCCACGCGUGAGCUAGUGCAGCAGAUCUUUGCCGACAUCCGUCGCUUUGCGCGCCCCCUCGGCCUCUCCUGCGUGCCCGUCUACGGCGGCUCCGGCGUGGCGCAGCAAAUCAGCGAGCUGAAGCGCGGUGCGGAGAUCGUGGUGUGCACGCCGGGGCGCAUGAUUGACAUUCUCGCGACGAGCAACGGGCGCAUCACGAAUCUGCGGAGGGUGACGUAUCUGGUGCUGGACGAGGCGGACCGCAUGUUUGACAUGGGCUUUGAGCCGCAGAUCGGGAGGAUCAUUGGGAACACCAGGCCGGAUAGGCAGACGGUGCUGUUCUCGGCCACGUUCCCCCGCCAGGUGGAGACGCUGGCCAGGAAGGUCCUCACCAAGCCCAUUGAGAUCCAGGUGGGAGGGCGCAGCGUGGUCAACAGCGACAUCACCCAGACCGUGGAGGUUCGCCCAGAGGGAGAGCAGCGCUUCUUGCGUCUGCUGGAGCUGCUGGGCGAGUGGUGCGACAAGGGAAAGAUCCUGGUGUUCGUGCACUCCCAGGACAAGUGCGACGCGCUCUUCCGUGACCUCCUCAAGUCCGGCUACCCCUGCCUCUCCCUGCACGGCGCCAAAGACCAGACCGACCGCGAAUCCACUUUGCAGGAUUUCAAAACGAAUGUUUGUAACUUGCUAGUGGCUACCAGCGUCGCGGCUAGGGGUUUAGAUGUGAAGGAGCUAGAGCUGGUGAUAAACUAUGAUGUGCCGAAUCAUUACGAGGAUUAUGUGCAUCGGGUGGGGAGGACCGGGAGGGCCGGGAGGAAGGGGUGCGCGGUGACGUUUAUCAGCCCGGAGGAGGAACGGUUUGCGCCGGACCUGGUCCGAGCCUUGGAGCUGUCGAAGCAGCCGAUUCCCGAGGAUCUUAAAGCCAUGGCUGAUGCUUUCACUGCCAAGGUGAAGGCUGGGAGCGUGGUGGCGCAUGGGAGCGGGUACGGCGGCAGUGGCUUUAAGUUUAAUGAGGAGGAGGAAGCUGCUAAGAAGGCGCUGAAGAAGGCGCAGGCGAAGGAGUAUGGGGUGGUGGUGGAUGAGGAGGAGGGGGGCGAGGAGGAGGAGGAGAAGGAGGAGAAGGAGGGGAGCGGCGCGAUUCGGAGGGUUGAGGCGCCGAGUGCGGGUGGUGCGGCGGCGUCGGCGGCGCAGAGCAUUGCAGUGGCGGUGGCGGCUGCUGCGGCUGCGGCAGCUGCGAACAAGGCAGGGGGUGCAGUGCCAGCAGUAGCAGCAGUGGCAGUGGCGAAUCCAAUCCAAGCAGCAGUGCAGGCGAGGAUGGCCCAAAUGGGUAUCACCCCUGCUGCUGGCGCUGCUGCUGUGCCUGCUGCUGCUGCUGCUGCUGCCCUUGCCAACCCCCUCGCUGCCUCCCUCGUGGGAGCAGCGGCAGCAGGGGAAUCAGCAGCGACAGCCAUCGCCUCAGCUGCCGCCGCAGCCCCGACCCCGGUCUCCCGCGCAGCAGCCUUCGCAGCAGCCAUCAGCCUACAGCACAACUUGGCCAAACUCCAACCCGCCGAACCAGUCAAAGCGCACUAUGAGGCGGAAUUCGAGAUCAACGAGUUCCCGCAGCACGCGCGGUGGAAGAUCACCCACAAGGAAACCCUAAACCAGAUCAUCGAGUGGACGGGAGCAUCGGUGACCACGCGGGGGCUCUACUGCCCGCCGGGCAAGGCAUUAGCCGCCGGAGAGAAGAAGCUGUAUUUGUCAAUUGAGGGGCCGACGGAGGCGAGUGUAAAGAAGGCCAAGGUGGAGAUCAAGAGGAUUAUAGAGGAGGCGAGUGCUGCUGAUGCCUCCCACCAGCAGCGCCCCGUGCAGCCUGGGCGGUACUCUGUCAUGUGA